GAAAUGACACUCCCGAAGAAGAAAUGUCAACAAAACUGGCGGGCUAGGUAAGCUGAUAAACAUCGCCCAGCCGCGAGUAUGGACGCCAGUAUGUUUGUGAGUCGGUUUGACGGACCGUCGAAGCUGCUGGUCCGGUCGCUGCUGUGUGGAAGCUCCGGUGCACACCGAGCUCUGAGCGUCUUCCACCGGCAGCAGCGAGCCAACCCUGACAUGUCGCUGUCCACCUUCAUGGAAAUCCUGUGCCAAGACGAUAUAACCUGUCCGCGUACUGAAGCCCAGCCACUGGCGGUUAAACCCCUGGUGUGCCUGUUUCCAGCAUUAUUCAAACAAAACCUGCUGUCAUUCAUUUAUCUGGUCCACGCGAUUCUUCCUCGGCCCCCUGUCCUCCAUCUUCUCAAAUGCCUCAGCCAGGACUCUCCUACAAAUCCCUGGAUCACCGCUCUGGUUAGACAGCUGGAAAGAAACCUUAUAGCCCACAAUGAGGAGCCUCUUUACACUCCAAUGUGCAGCCAGAGACUCCAGGAGCUGUCGCAGCGUUUGGUUGGUUUUGGUGAGACUGGAGGAUGGUCCAAGUGCCUCAGUAGUCAAACAUUUGGUUUAUCAGAGCUGGCGACACAACGGAAAAGAAAAGGUAGCUUUGUCACUCUGGACUCAGAUGGUGAGGAAACAGGACAGCAGAGUAAACGGAUAAAGAUGGAUGUCAGUGGUAGUGAAUGUCUCGAGGCUGUAGAACAGAGGGCAACAGAAGAGACAGCAGGAAGAUUAGGAAGUGAUGCCCCAGCAGAGACUCCUGCUGAAGAACUGCAGACAGCAGCAGAGAGUCCAUGUGAUGUCCUGCCUGAACAUAUCAAGGUGUCUGUUCUUCAAAUAAAAGAAUUACUGGAAAGUCAGACAGAGUGGGACCAGAGCUCCAUGGAGGUGUUCAAAGUGCUGAACGACUGUGACCCUGGCCAAGUGGAGGUGUUAUGCUGCAUGCUGCGUUUGGCUGACUUACCGGAGCAGACUCUGCCUAAACUGUGCAGCAGUAUUUUGGCUCCCUCUCCCGACUUCAGCUACAGCACGGCAGCAACACUCAUCAAGAGCCUCCUGCUGCAGAAGGUCCUGUCCCUGUCGGAACCGGCCUCCAGAUGUCUCGUCACUGCGGUGACGUCACUAUGUAGCCGUUAUCCCAGACCAAUGUGCCACGCUCUGAUGGGACCAGUUCUAGAGGAAAAGAGCAUCGUGGUAGCGCAGCCAGGAGAGCAGCCCGCCAGGGAGGAGAGAGGUCGGCAGAGCCCCAGUCUGUGGCCGAUGCACAAUACAUGGUCAGGGAAUCCACAGGCUGAGCUGCUGAACAGACUGAUAGAAAGCUGCCUGGAUUCCCAUUACAGACUGCUGGUGCUUCAAAUGACAUUCAAAAUAGUGUGGAGUGAGGCAGUGCUUUCCAUUAUCCACAGCUUGCUAGACUCCAAGCCCGACUUGAGUCAAGAACUGUUCACGCAGUUCACCGAACAGCUUAUCAGCCAGGGUCCUCAAUUCACAAAGUCUAUGAAGUUUGCAAAAAUGAUGCUUACUGUCCUCUCCAAAUAUAACAGUCAUGUGACAGCUGCACACAAACACUCCCUGCACGGUUGCCUGAUGUUAAAUGAGACCAUCUUGAAAAAGUCUCUCCAAGCUGCUUUGAAAAGAAUCACACACUCCUGAAGUUUCUUCUGACUUAAUGCAUGCUAAUAAAACUAUUUAAAAAGU